UUGGUCAUGGACUGCGUCGAUGGUUGGUCCAUCAUUCCCGCAGAAAAUUUAGUCGCGGCGUUUGCGGGAACGCCGAUAGACAGGGCGCUGUUCGCGUGCGUGCACGACGCCGCGGAGGCUCGAGUGAUGCUCGAGGCGUUGGAGACCGGCGUCGACGGCGUGUGCUUGCGGACGAACGACCCGGCGGAGGUACGCGCGUUAGCCGAUGCGAUGCGCUCGUUCGGUGGGGAAUCGAGUGAAAAAUUAGAGUUGGUGCCCGCGCGAGUGACUGCGGUGAAACGCGUGGGGGCUGGUGAUCGAUGCGCCGUGGACGCGGCGACGAACUUUGAGCUCGGCGAGGGCAUGCUGGUGGGAUCGUUCGCGAGCGGUUUGUUCUUGAUUCACGCGGAAAACAUCGAGUGCGGCUACGUCAACACGCGUCCAUUUAGGGUCAAUGCGGGCCCGACGGCGUCAUACGUGCGCGCCCCGAACGGUAAAACGUCCUACCUGAGCGAGCUGCGAUGUGGAAGCGAAAUCCUCGUCUGCGCCGCCGACGGCCGAACGCGCGUGGCCAACGUCGCUCGCGUCAAAAUGGAGCGUCGUUCGAUGCUUAUGAUCGAAGCCGACCACCCGAGCGGGCCCGACGUCGGCACGCUCGCCGUUUUACUUCAAAACGCCGAGACGUGUCGUCUCGUCCGUCCCGGCGGCGCGCACGUCUCCGUCGCCGAGCUCGUCCCCGGCGACGAGGUCCUCGUCGUCUGCGAUCGCGUCGCUCGUCACACCGGCGUCGCCGUGGAAGAA